AUGACCCCCCACCACAGGCAGAAGAACAUCCUCCUCCUCGUCGCCGACGACCUGGGCAAAUGUCUGGGCUGCUAUGGCGCGAAAGGCCUGCACACGCCCAACAUCGACCGUCUCGCUGCGCAGGGAACUGUUUUCGACCGUGUAUUCACAAGCACGGCUUCAUGUAGCGCCAGUCGGACCGUUAUGCACACUGGUCUUCAUCCCCAUGAAAACGGCCAAUAUGGUCUCAUCGGCGGGGCGAACCAUUUCCAAUCCUUUGACCACAUCCAGUCGGGUCCGCAUCUGUUUAACGCCCUUGGAUACCAGACGGGGAUUAUCGGAAAGGUGCACGUCGGUCCAGCUGGUGUGUUUCCCUGGGAGUGGAGAGAAGAGAGCGAGACGAGAAAUGUAUCGUGGGUGGCGGAACGAGCGGAGGCUUUCUUGGAUAAGGCGAACGACACUAAACGUCCUUUCUAUCUUACUGUUGGGUUUAUUGACCCUCAUAGAGAUAUAACUACACGGGGAGGCUUUGGGAAUGCCGAAACCUGCGGCGGGACCUUUUCUGCUCCAGAGUUUCAACCGGAUCAGGUUGAGAUACCCAGCUGGCUGACGGAUGUAGCGGAGACGCGCAUUGAAUAUGUCGAGUACUAUAAAGCCAUUUCCCGUCUUGACUAUGGAGUUGGUCUUAUUCUGGAUUCCCUCGAUAGACAGGGCCUGGCAGAUUCCACGCUGGUUGUCUUCUGCAGUGAUAACGGUCCUCCAUUUAUCAACUCCAAGACGACACUGUAUGAAGCCGGUAUCCAGCUUCCAUUUAUAACUCGGCUGCCUCCGUCCAUCCAGUCGCCGGGCAUAAAGAAUCCCAAUAUGAUUUCGUAUAUCGACAUCCUGCCUACGUUUCUGGACUGGGCCGGUGCAGCCAUCGAUUUUGCUGCCCCGGUUACUCUACCCGACCAGGUCUUCACAAGGGAAACUAAACCCCCAGAACCACCAAAACGGCUGGGCCGGUCCUUCUUAUCGAUCAUGAACCGUGAAGACAUAAUUGACGAGUCAACCUGGCAGCACAAAGUCUAUGGCUCGCAUACAUUCCACGAACUCGCCAACUACUAUCCGACCCGCUUCGUGCGGGACCGGAGAUACAAGUACCACCGGAACAUCGCAUAUCAGCUUGACUUUCCUUUUGCCUCUGAUCUGUAUGCCAGUCUGACGUUUGAAGGGAUUCGACGGUCGCACAACGGGGAGAAUGCAGAUGUCAUGGUGGGUGGUCGGUCUCUCAGACGGUAUAUCCAGCGCCCGCCUGAGGAGCUUUAUGAUCUUGACUCAGACCCACUAGAGGUUGUCAACUUGGUAGGGAAGGAAGAGCACCAGGCUCGCUUGAUCAAGAUGAGGAGGGAGAUGGAGAAGUGGCAGGUAGCAACGAGGGACCCGUGGUUGUGGAGGGAUGGGCAGAGUGUUGUUGCGUUGCAGAGGUAUUCUGGUGAGGAUCUGAAGAUGCCAAAGCGGUUUGACUUUAUGCUUGAUAGUGGGGAGUAUAAGGAUAUGGAGCUGUAUAAGGUGGACGAUCCUGCUUUGGUGGAUGGAAUACACUAG